AUGUCGUCCAGAUGCAAGCAUAAAUUCUUUGGAGUUGACAGGUUUAGUUUAGCCAUUAACGGAUUUGGAGUUAUGUUGCAAAGAUCAAAUUUUCGAUCUAUUUGUGUGCAAAUUCCAAGUCUUUGUACAAAGUCUCUAGAUUUACAUAUUGCUCUCGAGUCCAAGGGAAAUUGCUCUGACACCGACUCCAAAUCUGAAACUGAAUGGAAAAAAUUACUUAAACCUUAUGGCCUCGUAGAGCUCCAAAAAUCACUCAAUAAGAUUACCCCAUCUCAGCUCAAUAAGUUGCUUGAGCUCCCUCAACAUCCAUGGAGGUAUUCCAGUGGGCAGUAUUAUGGUUAUGUGACAAAUGGACGGCUUGAUGAAGCCAAAGCUGUACCAAACGAGAGCAUGUCAAACAUUGGCUGUGACCCAGAUGUUUAUACAUAUAACGUACUAAUUCGAGGUCUUUGCAAGAAGGGGUGUAUGGCCUCAGCUCGUGAAGUUGUGAUAGAGAGCCCAAUGAAAGGUGCAAACCAAGAGGCAUUUAAGCUUGUGGAUGAUAUGGUAUUUAGAGGAUGUAACCUUGAUGACAUUACUUACAAUGGCUUAAUGAAGGCACUCUGCAAAGAUGGGGUUGUUGAGAAAGCAAUGGGACUCUUAGAAGAAAUAGUUAUGUUGCAAAGAUCAAAUUUUCGAUCUAUUUGUGUGCAAAUUCCAAGUCUUUGUACAAAGUCUCUAGAUUUACAUAUUGCUCUCGAGUCCAAGGGAAAUUGCUCUGACACCGACUCCAAAUCUGAAACUGAAUGGAAAAAAUUACUUAAACCUUAUGGCCUCGUAGAGCUCCAAAAAUCACUCAAUAAGAUUACCCCAUCUCAGCUCAAUAAGUUGCUUGAGCUCCCUCAACAUCCAUGGAGGUAUUCCAGUGGGCAGUAUUAUGGUUAUGUGACAAAUGGACGGCUUGAUGAAGCCAAAGCUGUACCAAACGAGAGCAUGUCAAACAUUGGCUGUGACCCAGAUGUUUAUACAUAUAACGUACUAAUUCGAGGUCUUUGCAAGAAGGGGUGUAUGGCCUCAGCUCGUGAAGUUGUGAUAGAGAGCCCAAUGAAAGGUGCAAACCAAGAGGCAUUUAAGCUUGUGGAUGAUAUGGUAUUUAGAGGAUGUAACCUUGAUGACAUUACUUACAAUGGCUUAAUGAAGGCACUCUGCAAAGAUGGGGUUGUUGAGAAAGCAAUGGGACUCUUAGAAGAAAUGUAUAACUGGGAAGAUAUAAAGUGCGAGUUUUUGAGGGAUAUGAUUCAUCGAGGAUUGACACCUGACAUAGUCACCCAUAACAGCCUCAUAAAUGGGCUCUGCAAGCUGGGGCAUCUUCGAGAAGCUCAUAACCUCUUUGACAACCUACAACUUGAAGGAAUUUCUCCCGAUGCUAUCACUUACAACACUUUGAUCUGUUCACAUUGUAAAGCGGGCAUGUUUGAUGAUGCCUAUGUACUAGUAAAUCGAGGCAUAGCCGGUGGUUUCAUACCUAAUGAUGUAACAUGGUAUAUUUUGGUCAACAAUUUUGUUAAAGAGGGUGAUGUGUAG